ACCCUUUCAGCUUUGGGAGGAAACUAGCAGCAUGGCUACUGAAUUCACAGGCAAAGACAUUUAUCAGGAGGAAUUUGAUCCUUGGGGUUAUUUGGAUACAUACUAUAACCUAAAAUCUGGCAUUCUGGUGACAGAUGGAUUUCUGGAUUUUGCUUUGAGAAAACUUCAUGAAACAUUCACCGUGCGUGGAGUGAAGGGAGAGACACUUAUUGACAUUGGCCAUGGCCCAACAAUUUAUCAGGACCUUUCUGCAUGUGAAUCAUUCAAAGAGAUCAUUGGUGCUGACUAUGCUGACUGUAGCCGUGAGUACUAUGAAAAAUCUGUGAAGAAUGAGCCAGGAAUAUUUGACUGGACAACUGUUAUACAAGCAGUCUGUGACCUGGAGGGAAAGGGAACAGUGGAAGAGAAGAGAGAAAAACUAAAAAGGACAGUGAAAAAGUCUAUCAAAUGUGAUGUAACGAAGAGCAGUCCUGUGGCACCUCUGGUGUUGCCCAGAGUUGACUGUAUAAUGACUCUUGGAUGCCUGGAAUGUGCCUGUAAAGAUCUGGAUAGUUACCGUAAUGUACUUAAAAACAUUUCAUCUUUGCUAAAAGUGGGGGGGAAUUUAAUCAUUACCGAGAUUCUUAACUGUACCUCCUACUUGUCUGGAGGCAAAAGGUUUUCUUGUUUAUCCUUAAAUGAACCGUUUAUGAGAAGUGCUAUAACUGAGGCUGGCUUUGCUAUAAUAGACCUGGAGGUUAUAUUCAGAAAGUAUGACAAAGAGCAGUACAAUACCUGUAAUCAUGACUCAAGCUUGUUUGUUCUUGCACGCAAACUGAGGGAUAUUUAGAUGGGAAAGAAUACAGGACAGGCUAUCUCAGCAGUCUCUCUUCUGUAGGCAUGCCUUAUAUUAUAUGCCAACUAAUGCCCUGUUCUCUGCUGAAUAGGAUAUACAUUCAGAAAUGUAAAGGUAUAAUACCUAUACUGAACUCUAUACAUUUACUUUGUUUUCCUUUCACCAAUAAAUGCCUUUGAUAUUUUAUAACAAAGUGAAAUACUUUAUUAUAUACUAUACACUAUAUAAUCUUGUUUUUCUAUGAUAUCUAUUUGCCAAUAAUAUUACAUUAUAAUAAAAAAAACACAUAGCUGAGUGGUUACAGUACGGCUGUUAUCUAGUAUUGAUUCAGUGCAUCAGAUAUAUCAGUACAUACUGUAUGUGAAGUAUAUGUGUGAAGUAUAUAUAUAGUACAAGCAUAGAAAGCAGUUGGAGCAAAGCCAAUCAUUAUCCCAGACUUGGUUUCCUUUUGAAGCUUCCUAUAAAUUUGAGAUCUAAUUCUCCAAUGCUGUUUAACUUAAUGGAACAAUAAAUACCUGUAUUCAACAUGAGUUCAAUAAACAAUGGUUACAU